AAAUAAUGCAUUUAUUUCGCGAUCCAUCUUUUGUAUGCACAUCCUUGGGGAUUGACGAACACCAUGUUCAACCAAUCACAAACCGGAUGGUUGCGUCUUUAACCAAUGACAGGCGACUUCUGGAAUCAGGAAGCGACUCGCGUAUCCACGACUUGUUUAUGUUUUUCAGCGUAUUAUGAAUAAAAAAAGCACGAAAUUACAGUCUAAAAAUAUGCGAGCAUACAUCACCAGCGAAUACGGUAGUGGCCAUUUCAGUGUUCAGUCCAUUAAGAUAUUUAUAUUGCUGCUAUUGAUCACAGAACGACGGACUAUGUACGACUGAAAAGCUGCAAAUCAAUUAUUGUCAAAGAAAAUAUCCACUCCUCUUUCUCAUAACCGGCGAUAAGCGACGUGUAGUGAGGAAGAACCGUGGCUGAUUUUUCUGCUGAUUCAAAAUGUACUUGACUGAAGCUGUAUUUGGGUCGAAAUGGCUCGAAUGCGCCAGUUUGGACUUUUGAUGUGGAAGAACUAUCUUCAUCAGAAACGUCAAAUUCUGGUCACACUGGUAGAGAUCGCCUUACCCCUGCUCUUCUCUGGCAUCCUCAUCGUCCUUCGCCAGAAGGUGCCUUUCAAAGACUUCCCAAAUGCCACAGUCUACGAGAGCUACACCGUGGAUAAGCUAUCCUGGUCACUGAGACUGUUUCAGCUGGCUUAUGUGCCGGCCAACUCCAGUGCCGUCCGUCAAGUGGCGGAGGAUGUUCGGAGCAGCCUGUUCAUCUAUCCCCCUGUCCGUGGCUUCGAGACAGAGGCACAGUUUGAGGAGUAUGUGAGAACCGAUCCUCAGUCUGGGCAGCUCCUGGCUGCUGUGGUGUUUGAUAAUGCCUUCAGCCAUGAGGAUGAGCCUCUUCCUCCGCAGGUGAGGUACCACCUGCGUUUCACCUUCACCCCUCGAUGUGCCCCAGCCUCGGAGAAGUCGGAGCUCAACCCAAACAGCGACCUGGACUGGCACACGCUCAGUCUGUUCCCGCUGUUUCAACUCCCGGGCCCUAGGGAGCAGUACGACAAAGAAGGGGGGACACCUGGCUAUUUUCGAGAGGGUUUCCUUGCCGUGCAGCACGCGGUGGAUCGAGCCAUCAUGCGCUCCUACAACCGAACAGCGGCCGCCACUUUGCUGGGGCAGACCAGAGUGGUCCUCUCCCGCUUCCCAUACCCUGCCUUCAUCUAUGACGUGUUCAUCCUCGCUAUCCAGAACCAGCUGCCUCUCAUGCUGGUGCUAAGCUUCACCUACACGUCUCUGAACAUUGUGCGAGCCGUGGUGCAGGAGAAAGAGCGCAAGCUCAAGGAGUACAUGAGGAUGAUGGGCCUCAGCAACUGGCUUCACUGGAGUGCCUGGUUCCUCAUGUUCUUCUUGUUCCUCUCCAUUUCUGUCUUCUUCGUCACGGUGCUGCUCUGUAUUAAGGUCAGCCCUAAUGGAGCGGUGCUGAGCUACAGCGACCCCACCCUGGUGUUCGUCUUCUUGUUGACGUUCGCUGUGGCCACCAUCAACUUCAGCUUCAUGAUCAGUGCCUUCUUUUCCCGAGCCAACGUUGCCGCAGCAGCAGGAGGAUUCAUCUAUUUCCUGAGCUACCUGCCUUAUUUGUUCCUCUGGCCGCGCUACGACCUUCUCAAGCAUGUCCAGAAGGUGUCCGCCUGCCUUAUCUCCAACGUGGCAAUGGCCAUGGGAGCUCAGCUAAUAGGAAUGUUCGAGGGGAAAGGGACGGGGAUUCAGUGGUCCAACCUGUUCGAUUCUGUGACGGUGGACGACGACUUCUCCAUGGCUCAGGUUCUGGGGAUGCUUCUGUUUGACGCGGUGCUCUACGGUCUGGUGGCCUGGUACAUGGAGGCUGUUUUUCCUGGGGAGUACGGCGUGCCGCUGCCUUCAUACUUCUUUGUUCUGCCUUCGUAUUGGUUCAGCAGUCCUCGCAUGGCUUUGGUGAAUGAAAAGGAAGAGGAGGAAGACGCUGAGAAGGCCCUCAGAGGCGAGUUCAUAGAGCAGGAUCCAGCUGGACUUGUCUCCGGGAUCAAGAUUAAACACCUCACUAAGGAAUUCCGAGUUGGCAACAAGACUCGAACGGCAGUCAGAGAGCUCACUCUUAACAUGUAUGAGGGACAGAUCACGGUGCUGCUGGGACAUAACGGUGCUGGGAAGACGACCACACUGUCUAUGCUGACAGGUUUGUUUCCGCCCACUAGUGGGCGAGCUUACAUCAACGGCUACGACAUCUGUCAAGACAUGGCUCUGAUCCGACGCAGUCUGGGACUCUGUCCUCAGCAUGAUGUUCUGUUCGAUAACCUGACUGUGAGAGAGCAUCUGCUCUUUUACGCACAGCUGAAAGGUUUCUCCAAGGAGAAGAUUCCAGACGAGGUGGACAGAAUCAUCCGCAUCCUGAAUCUGGAGCAUAAACGCCAAGCCCGCUCCAAGACUUUGUCAGGAGGGAUGAAAAGGAAGCUGUCGAUUGGAAUCGCUCUUAUCGGUGACUCAAAGGUGGUGAUGUUAGACGAGCCCACGUCAGGUAUGGACCCUUCUGCCCGACGAGCCACCUGGGAUCUGUUGCAAGGGGAGAAGAGCGGCCGCACUAUUCUUCUGACCACACACUUCAUGGACGAGGCCGACCUGCUGGGAGACCGUAUCGCCAUCAUGGCGGGAGGGGAACUGCAGUGCUGCGGGUCGCCACUCUUCCUGAAGAACAAAUACGGUGCUGGGUACCACAUGGUGAUUGUAAAGGAUUCUCAAUGUAACGUGUCUGAAAUCACUCGGCUGGUUCACUUGUAUGUGCCGAACGCUACGAUGGAGAGCAGCGCAGGAGCUGAGCUCUCGUUCAUCCUCCCGAAAGAAAGCACCAGCAAGUUUGAGCUCCUGUUCGCUGAGCUGGAGAUGAACCGAGAAGAACUGGGCAUCGCCAGCUACGGCGCAUCGGUCACCACCAUGGAGGAGGUGUUUCUCAGAGUGGGAAAGUUGGUGGACUCCAGCCUGGACAUCCAGGCCAUCCAGCUGCCCCCACUCCAGUACCAGCACGAGCGUCGCUCACAUGACUGGACGACGGAUGACGCCAGCAGCAUCAGCGGGAUGACGGACGUGACCGACUUCACCGACAGCGGAACUCUGAUCUCGGAAGACUGCUCCAAUAUCAAGCUCAACACCGGGAUGAGACUUCACAUGCAGCAGUUUUACGCCAUGUUCCUGAAGAGGGCACUGUAUGGCUGGAGGAACUGGAAAGUGAUGGUGGCCCAGUUCCUGGUUCCUCUGGUGUUCACCGUGUUGGCUUUGAUGGUGGCAAACACCAUGUCGGACCAUAAGAAGGCCCCUGAGCUGAGUCUGGCUCUCCACCGUUAUGGACCUACAAGGGUCCCGGUUGCCCUGCAGUCCAAGGCUGGACCUCUGGCCUCCAGGCUGGCUAACCUGUACACCUCGCAGCUCCCUGGCCAACUGGGCCAGCUGGUCAACGUCACUGACUUUGUGGACUACGUCUUGAACCAAACACAGGAGGAGGGCGGCAGCUUCAAUGAGCAGUGUGUGGUUGGCGCUGCCUUCAGGGGCCGCAGCAAGCAGUUUGCCGAGGCCACGGCUUACUUCAACAACGAGGGCUACCACACGCCUGCCACUGCCCUCAUGAUGGUGGACACUGCUCUGUUCAAGCUCCUCGCCGGACCCAACGCGUCAAUCCAGACGGCCAACUACCCCAUGCCACGCAACGUGUCUGAGAGUGCCCUGAGCCAGCUGUCUGAAGGAAAGACUGGAUUUGCGAUCGCUGUCAACUUGAUGUAUGGAAUGGCUUCGCUGUCCAGCACCUUCGCGCUGCUGCUGGUGACCGAGUCUGCGAUCAAGUCCAAACAUGUGCAGCAGGUCAGCGGCGUCUACCUGUCCAACUUCUGGUUCUCCGCCCUGCUGUGGGAUCUGGUCAACUUCCUGAUGCCCUGCCUGCUCAUGCUGGUUGUGUUCCAGGCCUUCAAGGUGGAAGCGUUUGUUGCUCACAACCACCUGGUGGACGUGCUGUUGAUGCUGCUGCUGUACGGCUGGGCUGUGAUUCCCCUCAUGUACUUGCUCAGCUUCUUCUUCUCCUCCGCCGCCACAGCCUACACUCGCCUCACCAUCUUCAACAUGAUCUCUGGCACCGCCACCUUCCUGGCUGUCACCAUUAUGACCAUCCCAGAGUUACAACUUCGGAACAUGUCACGCUUGCUGGACAAAGUCUUCCUGAUUUUCCCAAACUAUUGUCUGGGCAUGUCCUUCUGCCAGUUCUACCAGAACUACGAGUUCAUCACCAUCUGCACUCAAAACCAAAUGACGGAGGACAUUUGCAACAGAUUAAAUAUAACCUACCAGGAAAACUUCUUCUCCAUGUCUGAGCCUGGCGUGGGCCGUUUCCUGGUGGCCUUCGCUGUGCAGGGAGUCGUCUUCAUUAUGCUGCUUUUUGUCAUCGAGCUCCAGUGUUUCCGAAACCUCAGGAGACUUGUCAGCUCCCUGAGCAGAAGACGGAAACAAUUGCCUUGUGUAGGGAAUGUAGCAGUGCUUCCAGAGGACCGAGACGUGGCAGAGGAGAGGAAGCGAGUUCUGGACUGUCAUCCGAUGAUGGAGUCCAUGGUUGGAAGUCCUCUUGUCAUGCAGGAGCUCAGCAAGGUUUACAGCAGCGGUGAGGACCUGCUGGCUGUGGACCGCCUCUCUCUGGCGGUGGGGAAAGGGGAGUGUUUCGGUCUGCUGGGCUUCAACGGAGCGGGGAAGACCACCACUUUCAAGAUGCUGACGGGCGAUGAGAGCGUCACGUCUGGCGACGCCUACAUCGAUGGAUACAGUGUCUUAAGAGACAUCAAAAAGGUGCAGCAGCGCAUCGGCUACUGUCCCCAGUUUGAUGCCGUUCUGGAUCACAUGACCGGUAGGGAGACUCUGAGCAUGUAUGCCAGACUGAGAGGGAUUCCUGAGAGGUACGUGCUGGGCUGCGUGGAGAACGUUCUCAGGUCGCUGCUGCUGGAGCCCCACGCUGACAAACUGGUGCGGAGCUACAGCGGUGGGAACAAACGCAAACUGAGUGCUGGGAUGGCUCUGAUCGGCGGGCCUCCAGUCAUCUUCCUGGACGAGCCUUCGACUGGAAUGGACCCUGUCGCCAGAAGACUGCUGUGGGACGCCGUCACUCGCACACGAGAGUCCGGCAAAGCCAUCAUCAUCACCUCUCACAGCAUGGAGGAGUGUGAGGCGCUGUGCACCAGGCUCGCCGUGAUGGUCAACGGUCAGUUCAAGUGCCUCGGAAGCCCGCAGCAUCUGAAGAGCAAGUUCGGCAGUGGCUACACGCUGCUGGCUAAAGUCCACGUGGAGGCCGAGCUGGAGGACAGCGACCUGCAUUUAUUCAAAGACUUCAUUGAAAGCACCUUUCCAGGGAGUCGACUGAAGGAUGAACAUCAGGGGAUGGUUCACUAUCACUUGACUGAUGAGAAGCUCACCUGGGCACAGGUUUUUGGUACGUUGGAGGCAGCCAAAGAGAAAUACAGCAUCGAAGACUACUGUGUGAGCCAGAUCUCGCUGGAGCAGGUUUUCCUCAGCUUCGCUCAGUUCCAACACUGUACAGAGCGUGGGAAGAAUUAGUCCGUCCUGCCGCGAUCAUUCCACCGAGCACUGCAAGGGCGACUCACCGGCGCCUUUUCUUCCUCAACUGGCCUUUUCUAAACCCCGCGGUGAUUCCAGAGGAAAUCAAAACACUUAAUGCCACUUUAUUUUUUGUUUUACUUGUGCGUAAAUCAAACUUUAUUUCUCGACAAGAACAAACCACUCCAUUUAAGGGGUGGGGUCGUCGCUCACCUUUACGCCUUAUCGCCACAUUGUCGGGAGUCUAUACAGCGUUGGAUGUAUAUAACCUUUAAACGCUACUGACUAUGAAAGAUUGCUUUUUGGGGAUGAUGCAUGCCUUGAUGCUGCUUCCAUGAUUGUCUAAGAGUCAAUACUUGAAGUUUUCUUUUAAUCGUCCAGUUAGCCUUCACUCUUUGCUUCAGAGUAGCCACCAAACGUCACAGUCGUGCAUCCAAACCCGACAUUGGAAUUAUGACGGAAUUUUCGUACAAUGUUUUAUUAAGGUGUGUUUUUCAGCUAUGCAUUCCACUCAGAAUGUAAGGGGCGAGUGGGCACAGGAGUCUGAAUAUAUGAAGAGAUGUGUACUGUCUUUAGGGGCCGUCCAUAAACACGAGGAACACUAACACUUCCUGACCUUUUACUGUCGUUCUCAAACCUGUUCUGUUGGAAUAUCAAGUCUGAAGUGCUGAUCAGGGACUCUACUCGCGUUCCACGUUCCGUCCCGAUCAGGUAGGAGUUUGAAGUGCUCUCUCCUCUGUGUAAAUGUUAUUGAACCAGUCACUGUCCUUCCAUCACAUCAAUCAGCAGCUUUUUUUUAUGCCAAGAAGGAACACCUCGACCUCCAGACCCUUAAAACGUCUCUUUAAUGUCUUUUAAUUUAAGCCUUGUUACAUGGCAUUGUUUGCACUUGUCGUGUAUGUGACUUGCAGCAGCCGAGUCCAAAUGUUAAGAGUUGUGCUGCUGAUGUAGAAAACCAAGUUUUACGAAAUAUUGUGUGCUAUUUAAAAAAAAAAAAUAAAAGGGAAUUUGUGUGAUUCUGUAGUGUACUACUGACCAAGUGUAUAUGUAUGAUUAUUCUUUUUAAAUUAAACACUGCUCAAGGCAAGUGGUGGCAGAGA